AGUACACUACGGACCUCACCAAACUGCUGCACGACCCUCUCCUCACGCUGUUGGAUUGUUGAUGUGCAGCUUCAGGAGAGGCGUUUGGAGAAAGCUUGUGAAGGUGUGAUGGAAAAAGCGACGGAGGAACCCAUUGGAAAGAAGACAGAUGCACCUGUGAAGGGUGAAGCUGCAAUCAAACCAGAAUUCCUAACAACCAAAGAAAAAUUCCAUGGGUUUGUAGACUCCGAGUGGCGGGGCCCAAAAGGAGACAAGGCCAGCGAAAAUGAGAAAGUCGAGGAGACAAAGGUGACACCUCCUGUGGAACCUGAUGCCAAGAAGCUCAAACUGGAUUCUGAGGAGAGCAACAAAUUUGUAAAACCAGACGGGAAACGGAUACGAGGACAGAAUAAGUCAAGGCCACACACAAAGCCCACCACCUAUGAUGAAAAACGACUGUGUCUUUCAGUCCUUCAGGACAACAGGGAAUGCCCCUUUGGAGACAAAUGCCACUUUCACCAUGACGUCGCUGAGUACAUGGCCACUAAGCCCGCUGACAUCAAGGAAAGCUGCUACCUCUACGACACGUUUGGAAAGUGUGCGUUUGGCCUCACCUGCCGCUUCGCCAAGGCGCACACUACACCUGACUUCAAGACCAUGGAGAACGCAGAACUAAUAAAAGCCUGCGAGGGGAAGACCCCGGUGAAGAACAGCCUGAGUAAAGACCUCCAGAAUCGCCUGAGGAAGCGUUCGGUCUCCUUCAAGAAGUCAGAAGAGUACCUCAAAACACUUUCAAACAACAGAGACAAAAGAGAACAGCAGGGGAAUGAUGAUGCCUGUGCUGCUGAAGUAUCUGCAGAUCAAACGGGAGGAGACCAGCAAGCGGCCACUAAAGCAGAAACACAGCUACAGGCCAGCCCAGAUAAACAGCCUCCAGUGAAGACUAUUGGCCCUCUGACUGAUGUAGAUGUCAUCAAGUUGCGUCCAUGUGAAAAGAAACAGGUGGACUUUCAGGACAAGCUCUACCUUGCUCCCUUAACAACUUGUGGAAAUCUGCCUUUCCGUCGCGUGUGCAAGCGCUUUGGAGCAGACAUCACCUGUGGGGAAAUGGCCAUGUGCACAAACCUGCUGCAGGGGCAGCAGUCGGAGUGGGCCCUGCUGAAACGGCACGAAAGUGAAGAUGUUUUUGGCGUCCAGGUGGAGGGCUGCUUCCCUGACACCAUGACGAGGUGUGCAGAGCUCAUCAACAACAACACUGAUGUUGAUUUUGUGGACAUCAACUCUGGAUGCCCCAUUGACCUUGUCUACAAGAAGGGUGGAGGCUGCGGGUUGAUGACACGCACCAGAAAGUUUGAACAGAUAAUCAAGGGAAUGAACUAUGUCCUUGAUGUCCCUUUGACAGUCAAGAUCCGCACUGGUGUUCAGGAGAAGAGCAACAUAGCUCACAAACUCAUCCCUGAGAUGAAGAAAUGGGGCGUCUCCAUGAUCACAUUGCAUGGCCGAUCCAGAGAGCAGCGCUACACUAAGUUAGCUGACUGGGAUUAUAUCACCACCUGCUCCAAGCUGGCUAGUCCUGUCCCACUUUUUGGUAAUGGAGACAUUCUCUCCUAUGAAGACGCCAUGAAAGCCAGAGAGACUGGAGUUUCUGGUAUUAUGAUUGCAAGAGGUGCUCUCAUCAAGCCCUGGAUCUUCACCGAAAUAAAGGAGAGCAGACACUGGGACAUCUCGUCCAAUGAGCGACUGGACAUCCUCAGGGAUUUCACCAACUUUGGUCUGGAGCACUGGGGCUCCGACACUCGAGGCGUGGAGAAGAUCCGCACCUUCAUGCUGGAGUGGCUCUCCUUCAUGUGCAGGUAUAUUCCAGUGGGCCUGUUGGAGCGAGUGCCUCAGAAGAUCAACGAGCGACCUCCGUACUACAUGGGCAGAAACUACCUGGAGUCACUGAUGGCCAGUCAACACGUUGGGGACUGGGUCAGGAUCAGUGAGAUGCUGCUUGGACCCGUACCGACGAAUUUCAACUUCUUGCCGAAACACAAAGCCAACGCCUACAAAUAAAAUGUCUCUUUUUCUGACUAUUAAAAAAUAUCCAGGUUUGUUUUUAAUGGCUCCAGAGAUUAAGAUUUAAUUAAAGAAAAUUGUGUUUUAAACGAUAAAGACUAUUGAAUAGUCUGUCUGUUUGAGUGGUGGUACAGAAGUGGAACACAUGGUUUUUUGUGUACUUGAAAUAUAUGCAAUAAACUCUUUUGCCACACUAAGA